UGUCCAUCAAGAAGUGGAAUCAAUGUGUCCCAACUAUCCUAUUUUUAAGUUAUGCUUAGUCCACAUCAUGUAAUGCGGUGACAUACUUGCGUAAUUUAUCUUUUAAUCAUCGUAGCACGAUUAAUCAGUUCCAGCUUGUCAAACAACCAUUGCAUUUUUUAUAGAACAAAAACCACGGUAUUGUAUAAAAAUAGAGAAAGAAAUUGGAAAGACAUGAAAUUGGUUUGGCAAAAUGUCCACAAAUUUUCUUUGUAAUGAGUUUUCAGCCAGCUCAGGGGCGACCAUAUUGCCACUUGCUCUAUCUAAAAUGCCAAGUUUAGAUUAAUGGGGGCACAUGCAAUAUACUGGAAAUAAAUCUUUUGGGUUGAUCUCCUCUUUAACAAAACAAGCACAAAAUAACACUUUUAUCACUAUCAGGCCCAGAACAUCUUUUGCAGUGCUACCCUCAUGAACAAUAUCUACCUUACCAAAUCUGCUGAAUUAUGAUAAAGUGCUGUUAGCUCUGCAUCACUUCUUGAACACACAAUAAAUAAACUUUAGGUCUCUAAGCCACAUUGUUAUUGACUGAGCUUUUGCCUGACCCCCAUGAAUAAUUAUCACUGCAUCCAAUGUCCAACCCUACCCUCAUAUGCACUACGUCUUGGUGAAAUCGUGCUCAUUCUGGAGAAAUAACCACUGUGUCUGCAGUGGCAGCAGAAAGCUCACUGCUCUGGGGAAGAGAGAUUCUAUGCUACCAGCUAUGCUGCAGGCAGACUCGACUGCAGUAGAAUCACAUCUAGGCAGAGGUGUUACAGCCACAACGUGAGGUGCACAUCAUUUCGGCACCCUGUUACCAGGCAGAUUUCGCCAGAAAACACGGAAUACACCCUACAGGACAAGAUCGAGUCCCGCAUGUCCAAUCACCACCGACCACCCGGUAUGGUCACGGAGUCCUCUAAGCUUGUGACCACAGCAGCGAUGGAUGCCAGCUCAGCAUCAAAGGGCUCGAGAGGCUUGAGCAAAUGUCAUAGUUUCGGCAAGAGGGAUCAAGCUAUUAAACGAAACCUCAACAUCCCGGUGGUCGUGAGGGGCUGGCUCUAUAAACAGGACAGCUCUGGAAUGAGGCUCUGGAAACGAAAGUGGUUCGUCUUGUCCGACUUCUGCUUGUUUUACUACAAAGACAGCCGCGAGGAGACGGUCCUCGGUAGUAUUCCUCUGCCCAGCUAUCUCAUCGCACCAGUUGCGCCUGAGGACCACGUCAACCGCAAGUAUUCUUUCAAGGCGAGCCACACUGGAAUGCGUUCCUACAUCUACAAUAAGAACUCUGUGAUUGGCACACAGGCGGAACACUGUGGGAUGCGGACGUACUUCUUCAGCGCGGACACGCAGGAGGACAUGAAUGGCUGGAUCCGGGCCAUGAACCAAGCGGCGCUGAUGCAGCAAAGUCACACCAUUAAGAGGGAAAUAGAAAGGCCUGAGAAAAGCAUCCAGCAGGCAUUUCCUCAGACCAAUCAUAUCACGCAGACUACACCUCAGUCAGAAAUAUUUUCAAGGAUGGACAGAGAGCACCCUCGGGAUGAUGGUGUGGGGUUGGCUCACAAAGAAGAGGGGAGGCACAUGUUGGAGGUUCAAGGAAGGCCCAGGUUGUCGGAUCCAAGGGAGAGACUCUCUCCAAACUCGUUGGACAGUGCCCCUCAAAGGAACGGCCAUCUAAGUGUCCAGCCAGGUCCCGUGCCGUCGGAACAGCACAAUGGAAACCUGUUGUAUCAGAGGGGGGCUGACACAGAGAAACAUUCACAGAGGAAGAGUACGCUGGCUCAGGUGGAGCACUGGGUCAAAGUUCAAAAGGGUGACCCGCCAAAAAGCAUUCCCUCUGCAGAGUACAACCUCCCUCGGCGAACUCCCCCCUUACAGUCCAAAGUCAGCACAGCAGACACGUCCUGCCAGUCACUGCCAAAGUCUCCCCGCAUCCCGUCGGGCAGCAACUCUCCUUCCUUCGACCUGCCCAGCGACUACAAGUACGCUCACGACCGACUCAGCCAUUUCCGCAUGUCCACGGACGAGCGCGUGGCCACCAAGGAGGGGAUGGUGUGGCAGUUGUACGAGUGGCAGCAGAGGCAGCAGUUCCGACACGGGAGCCCCACGGCGCCCGUGUACGCCGGCUCCAACUUCACCGACUCCUCAUCUUUCACCGUCACCGUGGAGAUGCCGCGCUCCAUUUCUGUGCCACCGUCCCCCUGUGAAGUCCCACCGUCCGUCUCCCCGUCAUCCUUCAAGCCGCUGUCCCCCCGCAGGCCACACACGCCUUCAGGCAGACGGACGGUCAGGCCGCUUGAUGAUUUGUCAAGUGUGGACAACACUAGAGCCACCUCCCCGGGCCACAUCAUUACUCGCCUCUCACAGACCUCCCAGAUGGCGAGACGCUCCAUGCCAGCUAUGGGCUACAUCACACACACCGUCAGUGCACCCAGCCUCCAUGGCAAAACGCCCGAGGAGCUGACUCUGCUCCUCAUUCAGCUGCGGCGGCACCAGGCCAAGAUGGCUGGUGUGCAAAGCCCAGCUGACGGUGGUGGCUGCGGCGCGUUCGCUCAUCUGCGGCAUCAGCAGCACAACGGCCUCCUAGGCACCAGCUUGCAGGCUGAUGAUACUUACAUACAACUGAAGAAGGACCUGGAAUAUCUAGAUCUGAAGAUCCAAAGUCAUGAGCCGCUGAUUGUUUCAAUUCACAGCAACUUUGAAAACGCCUCUUUUGGAUACUGUUGGAAUGUUACUGGACGGGAAAGCCUCAGAAAAGAAGCGCAGAAGCCUGUUAAAAUCGCUGAAAGUGAUGCUGAUGUGAAAUUAAGCCGACUAUGUGAGCAAGACAAGAUUCUACAGGAGCUGGAAGCCAGGAUACGUACAUUGAAGGAAGAUAAGGACAAGCUGGAGUCAGUGUUGGACGUGUCCCACCAGCAGAUGGAGCAGUACAGAGAUCAGCCAGGCCACAUGGGGAAAAUUGCUUACCAGCAAAAACUACUGCAGGAGGAUGUGGUGCACAUCAGGGCGGAAAUAUCUCAAGUGUCCACAGAGAUGGAGAAUGCAUGGAAAGAGUACAUCAGGCUGGAGAAAGAUGUAGACUGGCUCAAAGCGGCUCUGCAAGGACACAUGACUCGCACUGAUCUUUCUCAGCAAGAAAAAGUCCAGAUGAGGAAAGAGCUUUGGAGGAUUGAGGAUGUUAUCGCAGGCCUCAGCAGCAGUAAAGAUAACUACAAAGUCACUAUCUCCUCUGUGACCAACCCAGAGAGGAAAUUUGUGCCUUCCGCGUCGGCGUCAUCAGUGCCUUCGAUGUCCGGAAGCCCGCCUGCUAUGGAGAUGAGAUUGUCCCAGCAGCAGCAGAAGCAGCCGCAGCAACAGAGCCCCCACCUCAGUCCGACUAGCCACAAUGCCACAACCCACACGCUAUCCUCCAGCUAUAGUCAACAGCCACUCCAUUCUACAACCAACACUGCUGGCCAGACAUGGGCUGAGGAAGAUGUGCCCCCCAGACCACCUCUACCUCAAGUCUACAGUCUUGACGAACACCCCCCUGCCGUACCCCCCCUGCCCAGGGAGACGAGUGUUAUCAGGCACACCUCGGUGCGCGGGCUCAAACGACAGUCUGAUGAACGAAAGAGGGAUCGAGAGACAGGCCAAAAUGGAGAUGUUAAGGUGGAACUCAGGCCUUUCUUGAGCGAUCCUGAGCUUGCGGGUGUGGGAGACGGUUCCAGCGUCACCAGCGUGACAUCAUCAGGACACAACGGAGGGUAUCAGACUUUACCUAGCAGAGGAGUAGCCGGCUCCUCCCUCAGACUGAAUCACUCCUCAAACAUCUCAUCUUAUGUGACUCUGCGGAGAGCGACGUCAGCUCCCGGUGUGAAGGAGCGAUCAAAAAGUGCCUUAGAGCGUCUGUACUCUGCAGAGGUGGCGCCUCAACGUGGGAGGAUGAGCGCUGACGAACAGCUGGAGAGGAUGAAGAGGCACCAGAAGGCUUUGGUGCGUCAGCGCAAGCGCACCUUGAGCCACGGGGACCGCCGCGCCUCCACUUCGUCACGCUCCUCGUCCACACGCCCACUCUCGGCCGACUUUGGAUCUUGGAGGAGAGAGCAGGAGUUUGACCUGCAGCUGCUGGAAAGGGCCGUCCAGGGCGAGGAGGCUCAAGCUGUGCGAAGCGUUCAGGGGGAGGAGAGGCCCCCUGAACACAAAGAGAGACCCCGAUCGCAUUCCGACGAUUGGCUGAGCUUCAGCUCUGCGACAGAGACUCCUCUGACCCUCGACGGCCUGGAAACGUCAGAUUACGAUGCAGAUAUACUCAAAGAGCUGUCAAAACCUCAGAAAGUGUCGAUUCCAGAGCGAUACGUGGAUUUAGAGCCAGAGGAGCCUCUGAGUCCUCAAGAGAUGGAGGACCGACAUCGGAAGGUGGAACGGAUCAAGAGCAUCCUCGCAAAGUCCAGUGUUCAAAAGCUGGCACCAGCGUUAUAUGCAGACAAGUCUGAGGUGAGCCUGCUGGGGCUGGACUCGGUUUUACAGGAGCAGGAGAGGAUCAUCACCAUGUCCUACAUGCUGGCCUCAGAGGCCUCCCUCAAGAGCAAACGGGUCACAGCUCAAGCAAUUUCUGGACACUGAGGUCCUCUAUGACAAUGGCAACAAACGGCAGGAUCCUAUUAGACAACAAGCUUAGAACUGAUCCUGGAUAUAUUUGUAUCCAUCACUAGAUGAAUGUAGAACAUUUAAUCUUCUCAUACAGCACCAACAACCUCUGAAUGGAUUUUUGGUUUCCAAAAGAAAUCUGCAGCACUGAACUCUUAAAAACAUAUAUUUUUUCUAUAUAUGCGAUUGCACUUUGAGGACUGAAAUAUUUUUGAGUUGGCCAUGAAUUAAUAUUUGUUGAUGUCAAAACCAAGAGGGACUAAAUCUGUCAUGACUGUAGAGUUUUACUGCAAAGGAAGUCGAUUUUGUGUGUGUGUGUGUGUGGGGGGGGGGGGGGGGAUUUACAAAUAAUAUCAUGUACAUAUCUAGCAAAAGAACAGAUAGUCUUCUUGUAGCUUUUAUUUUUGCCUAUUUCCGGUUGGAAUAACAUUACACAUAUAGUGUAAAUAUAGUAUAUUUUGUGUGACUGUGAAGCUCGCACAAAAGCCGUUCAUUCAAAUGUGUUCAAAUUUCUCUGUUAAAAAAAAGAAGAAGAAUAAAUUACAGGCAGCAGGGACGCCAGUAUUUAUUUUACAAAGCACCUACUGUAAUUUAUUUUAACAGUAUAGUACUGUAUUUUGGAUUACAGUACAUGACAGUGGGACAAGUGUGCUAUGGUAUUUUUACGGUACUUGCCGAUUUAGAUAUUAAAUCUGCUAUUUAUUAAUAACGCAUCAGACUUCAACGGUCCUUUUCUGUAACAUGUUCAAAGCGUCCACAAUAUGGAUACAUCAUUAAUGCAAUUGCACUCCUUAGCCAAAGCCACUCUGCAUCUUAGUUUCUUGUAUUUUACUUCAACUGUGGGCCAUCUUGUGCUUCUAAGGCACAAACGCAUGUCAUUUAAGAUUCUGGAUAAAAAUAUCCAAAUAGUCAUUUAAGAUUCUGGAUAAAAAUAUCCAAAUACUCCACUUAAUUUAUUAUAAAACUUAAAUGAAAUGACACCUUGCUGUAGGUCUUUUUUUUACGGGAUGUGAUUAAAGAAAUGAAAUCUGCAAAUGGAUCACGACUCUAUAGAAGUGACACCUUUUCAGUUUUUUAUUUCACUGCAGCAUCUUUCACUGCCUCACUUGUCACAUGACCAUCAAAACUGACCUGCGAACAGCACUUCUACAUUGAUUUGUAAUCAAACGCUGCAGUAAGAAAACUAUCUCAGAGUACUUGUGGUCCGACAGCUUCCAAGACGUACGGUGACAAUACAAGUUUUGUUACUGGAAUACACGCGCAUCACUUUUGUAGCUUCUGGAUGUCAU